GCAUACUCCCCAUCGCACCACUCUCUCUCCGCCGCCCCUCCCCCCGCCCGACCUACCGCCAUGCUCCCCCGGCUGUCGGCCUCCCGCACCCUCGCGCGCCAGGUUCCCGCUGGCCGCCUGUUCUCGACGUCCCGCGUCCGCAGGGCGGACAUCACGCUCACCAUCGACGGCAAGGAGGUGACCGUGCCUGCUGGUGCCUGUUACCAUGACAGGCUAGCGAUCGCCGGUAACUGCCGCAUGUGCCUCGUCGAGGUUGAGCGCGCACCAAAGCCGAUCGCGUCGUGCGCGCAGCCCGCCAUGCCCGGCUCCAAGGUCUUCACCAACACGCCCAAGGUGCACAAGGCGCGUGAGGGCGUCAUGGAGUUUUUGCUCUCCAACCACCCGCUCGACUGCCCCAUCUGCGACCAGGGAGGCGAGUGUGACCUCCAGGACCAGUCGAUGCGCUACGGCUCGGACAGGACACGCUUCCACGAGAUUGCUGGCAAGCGUGCCGUCGAGAACAAGAACUUUGGCCCCAUCGUCAAGACGUCGAUGAACCGCUGCAUUCAGUGCACGCGUUGUGUGCGUUUCGCCAACGACGUCGCUGGCGUCGAGGACCUCGGAACCUCGGGCCGUGGAAACGACCUCCAGAUCGGCACGUACAUUGAGAAGACGCUCAACUCUGAGAUGUCGGGCAACAUUAUCGACCUGUGCCCCGUCGGUGCGCUCACGUCCAAGCCUUACGAGUUCCAGGCCCGUCCCUGGGAGCUGAAGAAGACCGAGUCGGUCGACGUUCUCGACGCUGUUGGUUCCAACAUCCGCGUCGACUCGCGCGGUGUUCAGGUCAUGCGUAUCCAGCCCAAGCUCAACGACGACGUCAACGAGGAGUGGAUCAACGACAAGACCCGCUACGCCUACGACGGUCUCCGCUACCAGCGUCUCACCACCCCCCUGGUCCGUGAGGGCGACCGCUUUGUCCCCUCGUCGUGGGAGCACGCCCUCGAGGCUAUCCGUGUCGGUCUUGCCAAGUCGGGCGCCAAGGGUGACGAGAUCAAGGCCGUUGCCGGCUCGCUCGCCGACACCGAGUCGCUUGUUGCCCUCAAGGACCUCGUCAACCGCCUCGGCUCGGAGAACACCACCCUCGACCAGGUCAACGGCCAGGCUCCUCCCGCUGCCGGUGUCGACGUUCGUUCCAACUACCUCUUCAACACUGGUAUCGCCAACGUCGAGGACGCUGAUGCCGUCCUCCUCAUCGGCACCAACCCCCGUCACGAGGCCGCCAUCAUCAACACCCGCUUCCGCAAGUCGUGGCUCAAGAACGGCCACAACUUUGGUGUCAUUGGCGAGGACUUUGACUCGACCUUCAAGUACGAGAGCGUUGGCAAGUCGGCUGCCGAUGUCGCCCCGUUCCUCGGCGGCAAGGCCGAUGGCGAGUUUGCCAAGCUCUUCGCUGCUGCCAAGAAGCCUCUGAUCGUUGUCGGCUCGGCUGCCGUUGAGGGCAAGGACGGCGCCGCCAUCCUCAAGGCCGUGUCCCAGCACGUCCUUGACAACUCGGCCAAGUUUGUCACCCCCGAGUGGAACGGUUUCUCCAUCCUCCAGCGUGCCGCUUCGCACGCCGCCGCCUACGACAUUGGCUUCACUCCUUCGGCUUCGUCCUCCAAGGCCCAGCCCAAGUUUGUCUACCUCCUCAACGCCGACGACGUCGACCCCGCUUCCAUUCCCGAGAACGCCUUUGUCGUCUACCAGGGCCACCACGGUGACGUUGGUGCCCAGUACGCCGACGUCUGCCUGCCCGGUGCCGCCUACACCGAGAAGGCCACCACCUGGAUCAACACCGAGGGCCGCUCCCAGCAGGGCCGUACCGCCGUUCCUCCUCCUGGCGCCGCCCGCGAGGACUGGAAGAUCAUCCGUGCCCUCUCCGAGGUUGUCGGCCAGCCCCUGCCCUAUGACGACGUUGUCCAGGUCCGCGACCGUCUCUGGGACAUCUCCCCCACCCUUGUCCGCUACGACGAGGCUGAGGCUCCUUCCACCGAGGCUCUCCGCGCUGGUCUCGAGUCGCUCGCCAAGUCGAGCGCACCCGCCCCUUCGAGCGAGCUCCUCCGCAAGCCCAUCUCCGACUUCUACCGCACCGACCCCAUCUCGCGUGCAUCCGUCACCAUGGCAAACUGCUCAAAGGCAUUCACCAACGGUUCCCCAUUGAACGCUGCCGCCGAGGACGCCAAGCAGGCGGCCCACGCGUAGAAGAGGUCUUAGACGGAAAGCGCACCAAGGCGAAAGGCGCAAUAGUAUUUGUACGCAGGGCAUGGAUCAUAUUGACACGG